AAAUUUAUGAGUGGCAUGCUGUACCAUGGAAAUCAAGGAGAUGCGCGAACUUGGACCAAAAUACUGUUUAUAUCACAAGUAUUCUGUCUUUUCCGCAUUCGUCUCUUCAAAAAGAAAUGUAUGAAACGCCUUUCCUUGAGAUUUAGAAAGUAGAAUAAAACUAGUCCUCGGUCUUUUCUGAAAUUUUACAAAGUGCAUAAAUCGACUCGAGGUGAAAUCGUUAUAGCGCCCCCUUUUGACCUACGGCUUCGAUCGAAAAAGUGAAAGCUGAAGCUGACGGAAUGUCGUCUGCUAGUGCAUAGUGCUAGUCGUGAAAAUUCGUGGAGCAAGACGACCACGCAAAUCGAGGAUGCUAAAUUGAGUUCGAAAUUCGAAUGUUUUUCGCCACUUUUUGGGCAAGGUUCUGACUGUAGCUGGACACAAUAAACAGAAUUUUAAGCUCGGCAUAACAUCAUUCAUUCCCUCCGCUGCAUCGCAGACUGUGUGUAUAUUCCCGACACAGAAUGACGUCUUCCAGCUGUGACCGCACAACUCCCCUAAGUAACCAACCAACGCAGUCAGAAAGCAAUCAGUGAAUAGUUUGAGGGAACACAGGAGACAAGUUUUGUUUCAACCGGAGACUGAACAAAAUUUUGCAAGAAUGAUGGCGGUUUAUAGAAGGGACGUCAUUGCAGAAUUCCUGCUGUGCGUUGUCGUACUGCUGUGGCAGAUAACCCAACAUCAUUGUGGAGCAUCAGGAUCUUCACACAACAUAUACAGACGACAAGCAGUCGAUUUUGACGAUCUGGACUGCCUCAGAAACGACAACACAACUUCAAACAUCAUCUCAUUCAGCAUCCGGGAGGAUGCGCUACCAUGGGAUAGAAUAGGCGUCUUGCCCUUGAAAGGACAACCGGCGGGCGAGAAUAGAACCAUCAGUCUCACCAUCACGCAAAGUGAGCAGUCGCAGUUUGUGUUCCUCAACGUCUCCGAGAAAACUCUUUUAUUAGCGCAGCCGGUAGAUCCAGAUAUGGAAAAUCAACCAACGAGGCUGAACCUUGAACUUACAUGCAACGCCUUAAAUUUGCCAUUUCCGUUUCAUAGCGAUUACCGGAUCAGCAUCAAUAUAUUAAACAUCAACGACAACUGGCCAAUGUUUGUGGGUCUACCCUACCAAACCAACCUGUCAGAGCUAACGCUAGUGGACUCGAUCAUCUUCAACGGCAUCAGUGCUGUGGACAUGGAUGGUUUGAACAGUAACGGUCAGGUCAUAUACAGUGUGGAAUACAACCCAGCUGAUCCGGAUGCGAGUAGUUAUUUCACGAUAAAAAACGGCGGACGAGGUGAAGUCUGGCUCUUACAGCCUCUUGACUACGAGACCAAACGGACGUGGGAUGUUCUCAUUAGUGCCAGGGAUAACGGAGAGCAGCCCCUAUCCAACACUACGAUCCUGCGGAUUAAUGUCAUCGAUGGAGAGGACCUCCCACCACAGUUCCUGCCCUGUAACUUCACCGGAGGAAACUGCGAGCCGGUCACCUACUCCACAACCAUCCUAGAAAAAACAAAUGUGACCGGUCCCUUAGUCUUUGAGCCUGGUCCAAUCAGCGCCAUUGAUGCAGACCUAGACGUGUCUACAGAUGGACCGAUACACUACAGUUUAUCUGCAGGGUUUCCUCCAGAGUAUAUCAACUACUUCCGUAUGGACCCAGACACUGGGGAGGUGUACCUACUGCAGCCUGUCAACAGGGCUGAUUUUAAAGAGUUCACCCUUGGAGUUAUGGCCACUGAGAGCGCGUCCGAGGGCGGUCUGCACGCCAUCACCUCGGCGAAGGUCACCGUCCAAGAAGUCAACGAGCACCGCCCAGUCUUCACCCAGGAUUCCUACCAGGGUUACGUCUACGAGAACUCGCGGGUCGGCACGCAAGUCAGCAUGUCCAAGGACUCCAUGGUUCCCCUCAAGCUGCACGCAACGGAUAUGGACGUGGAACCGGGUCGUCCCCUCAUGCUGAGCUAUUUCUUGUCCGACGCCACGGCACAUUUUAUCCUGGAGGCCGGGCCGGACGGCUCGUUUGCGUACAUCGUCGUCAGUAGCAACCAGCUGAAUCGGGAAGUGGUGAACAAUUACACCAUCAGGGCUCUCGCAGUAGAAAAUGACACCUUCGACAUGCUGCAAAGUCAGGAUGCGGUCAUUUCCAUCACGGUCCUAGACGUGAACGACAACGCUCCCGAGUUUGUUCCCAAUCGGUACAGCAGCGGUGACAACCGGUACAGCGCAACAGUGGAAGAGGACGCGGAGGCGGGCACUAUUAUCAUGACACUAUCGACAACAGAUAUGGACUCACCGCCACACGAACCGGUGGAGUUUGUCAUCAAGUACAUCAGCAACGACGGGAGGACCAAAUUUGGCCAAGCCCAGGCCACCAACAGCUCCGUCCACAUCAUUCUUGAGGAGAACGGAACCAUCUUAGAGGGGGAGGAGUACAGUAUAUCUAUGGAGGCCGUGGACGGGGGCCAGAGCCCUCAGCCCUUGGUGUCUGAGGUAGUGUACAUUGAGAUAACCGUUGUGCCGGCCAACGUCAGCCACGCGCCGAGCUUCGAGCAGUCCGUCUACGAGGCGUCGGCUAGCGAGGGUCUGCCCGUGGGGGCAUUUGUGACAACCGUCGUGGCUACAGACCAGGACGAAGAGGACACUGUAUACUACAACAUCACAGCUGGAAACAUUGACAAUGUCUUCACGGUUGACUCCACAAGUGGUGAGGUCAAAGUUGUUGGCACCCUCAACCGAGAGGACGUACCGAGCUAUGAGCUCACGAUACAGGCCAGCGACGGCUCACUCAGUUCUACUUGCACCUUGCUGAUUACCAUAUUGGACGUCAACGAUAACAACCCUGUAUUCAACUCAUCAUUGCCGACAAAUUUCUUAGUGUUGGAGGGCUUGAGGGAUGAGUUUGUCGGUCAAGUUAUGGCGUAUGACAUAGAUGAACCAGACACUCCAAACUCCGAGAUCCAGUACAGUCUCGUUUCCGAUACCUUCCGUAUCGACGCAGACAACGGCUCAAUCUACACAAUCGUUGCCCUGGACAGGGAACAGAAAGAUCGUUACGAGUUGGAAGUCAUCGCGACGGACCAGGCGGCGUCGCCGCGCAGCACCGCGCUGCAAGUUGUGGUUGUGGUUCAGGACGUGAACGACAACGGGCCGGUGUUCGAACGCAGCCAGUACUCCACCGAUGUCGUGGAGAACUACCUUGCUGAGGACUUUCUCAUCCUUCAGGCCCUUGACCGUGACGAGACAGCAGUCCUGGAGUACCUCAUCACCUCGGGCGACACGCAAAUCUUCAGUAUCGUCCCAGAGACGGGAAACAUGUCCCUCUUGAAGGAACUGGACUACGAGAAGAUGCAAUCUUACACGUUAGAGGUGACGGUACGAGACACGGAGAACGACGAGGCAACAAACGCCACCACUACCGUGACAGUCAACGUUCUUGAUGAGAACGACCAUGAUCCAGUCUUCGCAAUGAACUCCUACAAGGGCGCUGUUCUCAGGACAGCCGAUUUGGGAACCAUCGCGGCCAGCGGCAUCCGAGCAAUUGACGGCGAUUUUCCAAACACCACUAACAGUCAGGUGUUCUACAGCCUGACGCCAGCCAGUGUUUACUUCACCAUUCCCGACCCAUCAGAGGGCACGGUUGUCACCAAGACCAGCCUCCAAAAUGCUCCGGAUGAGCACAAUCUGACCAUUGUUGCCUAUGACAACGGUAAUCCGUCCCGGAGCCGGACGGCUUCUCUUGUCAUCCUAGUCCGGAUGGAGAGGCCGGUGUUCCCGCAAUCCGUCUACAUGGUCGAUGACCUCAAAGAGGAGGAGCCGCCGGGGACAAACGUCGUUGAGCUUCAGGCCUCGGCCAAUCAGGGCGAUCAGAUUGAGUAUGACAUCAUCGCCGGCGAUCCUGAUGGAAAGUUUGAGUUGGUGUCGCUGAACAACGUUGGCACAAUCAAAACGUUGCAGGUUCUUGACCGAGAGAACAUCAGUAGUUAUUCACUGAUGGUGCAAGCCAACGUGGUGGAAGCUACUACUUCAGGGGGAAAUGGUAGAAAGAGACGACAAACUGAUUCCAAUGUAGUAGAAGUUGUCAUAGACCUGGUGGACAUCAACGACAACGUGCCUACAUUUGGGAAGACGGCGUACUUUAUCGGCGUAUCGGACUCAGCAGGCAUCGGCACGCGAGUUAUUACCAUGACUGCAAUCGAUUUGGACAGCAAUAACAACAGCCUCAUAGACUAUUCGAUGACGGCUCGACCAACAUCCAACAGUGGCAAUCAGAUCGAUAAGCCAGCUGUCGAUAGCUUCUCCAUCGACACAUCAACAGGAGUUAUCAAGACGGCCAUCGCUGAAUUGGCCGCCGAGCCAAGAAUCUUCACCUACACUGUCCGUGGUCAGGAAAGAUUUGGGCCUCCGCAGAACGUUGCCAACACCAGUGUCAUGAUUUCUCUGAUCAACGAAGACAACCGUGCCGUCCUCGUCACCAAUAUUUCUCCCAGUCUCCUUGGCGAUAACCAGGCGCUCUUAGAGGCAGCCCUGGAGGAACUCCUCGGAGCCGAAGUCGUCAUCGAGGACGUUGGUGUCCGUCUCUAUGGCGACGACCUCGAGAAGAGCGACCCGUCAGGGUCGGAUGUCCAGUUUUACGCGAUCAACACGGAGACGGGGGAGCCGUUUACAACGGAUGAGCUCCUAGAACUCCUACAAGACGUCUCGAAACUGGAUGCUGUCCUUCAAGGCAUCUCUCCCGACGGACGGGUCAUUGAGGUCCGCAAACCUAGGACCGGCCGUCGCCCGGUCACUUCAGAUGCCGAGCCAACCGUGGAAGCAAUAGCCUUACUGUGCCUAGCCGUGGCAUUGUUUAUACUAUGCAUCUUGGCCAUUGCCGUAGUCGUCGUGUCCUGGAAAAAUGUCUACGUAGUUAACAGACCCCCGGAUUCCGGUGAUAAAAGUUGGUCUUUACGGAGACGUCCCACACAGAAAUCGUAUAGUUUGGUUCUUGGAUACAGACGUGAGAUGGAACGGGAGAAGCAGGCGCGACUCUACUUGCCCAUGUACAACACCUUCAACCCCUACUCCACAGCGGAGGACCACGAAAUUCCUGGGCCAUCAGUUCCUGACGGUCGGAUUUUCACGACACCGUCAGCAGCAAAUCCUGUUUAUUUUGACGACCACGCAAUUCAGGUCAACCCUAGAUCUGCAUGCGACAGUGAUACCUCCCCAAUCGUUGGUGCAGGGCUCGAUGAUUCGGACGGUAGACUAUUAUUUGAAGAGGGAGCGCCGUCAUUUUUGAAACCAAGAGAGACGCAGGAGCACACGAUUGAUUUCGAGAACGAGUUGUCGUCCGACGAUCUCGCGGAUGAGGCCACGGCCGCGGCCAAUAGCAUCGCAGCUGCCGUCCGGAACGGCGGCAGUCAGAAGUCGUCGCAGAGGUCACGGAAUAGAAGCAGCAGGUCUGGUUCGCAUAGUAAGACUCCGUCCAGCAGCGGUCCGCCGAGUUACUCAAGCAGCGGCACCAUCACAAAAGACGAAACCUCCCCUAACGAAUCGUCCAAGAUCCACCAAGUCUCCACCAUCCCCUAUCGCCAUGGCGAGGCCACGCCCCGGGAGCCCAUCCGACCCCCGCCGCUCUUUGACCCCAGACCCACGCCGACCUCUGACCCCAGGUCGCCGUUUGAGUCGGGGAGUUACGACAACCUGGGGGCGGACUUAGGGGACGGCUUCAGCCCGACGGGCAGUCCGGUGUCCGCCGCCCGGACCGACUCGUCGUUGUCCACUCACAAGGACGACCUCGCGGGACCUAGCGGCAGCAGAAGUACACCAUGGGAGCCGUCCAAUCAGAAACACUCCCACGUCGCUCUGGACGACUACCAGGUCAAACUGGUCCACAUGGAGAACAGACAAUCCUCGCAAAAACAACCCAAAACUUCCUCCAGCAAGGAAACGACGACAAAAUCCAACGCACCGACUAGGAAAGGAUCGCGGAAGAAACACAAGCGCGCCGGGCGCCCUCACAGACAUCGCGAGAACAGGAGCUCGUCGACCAGCUCCGACGAAGGCAUGAAUAGGGCGUUGUCGGACAGCAGCGGCAAAAUGCAUUCGUCGUCCGGUAGACCGAAAGGAUCUUCGAGCCGGUCUCGGAAGCGUCGGGCGUCGGACCAAGACAGCAAUAUCAGCUUCGGUGUCGCGGAGGGCAAAAAAUACCCUAGCGACAGCCGUGAUCACAACGAAAACGAGAUGGCACAGACAAAUCCAGAUUUACUGAAACCGAUCUACCAGUACACACAGCCGCCGUGGAAUGAGAGGGACAUCAUGAAUACGGUUUUGUAACGCGCGUUAUGAUUGGUUCAGAGCUCGGUCAGGCCUUGAUACGUGCGUUGUGAUUGGUUCAGAGUUUUUUCACGCCUUGCUGCAAUAGGCCAAUCAAUUCUGUUGGUCAAAACGGGACGGCCGUUGUGAUUGGUCGAUUCAAUUAAGACAAAUCCUGCCCUUCGAGUUAUAUGAAUGAAAUAACAGUUUUGAGGUUUGGAGUUCAGUUGUUUCCCAGAAUGACGUGGGAGAUGUUUUGCUAUAUUUUGAGACCAAAACAAUUUCAGACAACGAAGAUUUUAGUUGAAAUUUCCAAAGUAAAUUUUAGAUAUCAAUUUCAAAUGGUAAAAUGUCCCAUUUUAGUUUCAAUAUAAUGAUUUGCCCCUUAUAGAAUUGAAAUUCUAAAAGGGGAAAAAAAUAUGAGUGACAAAAGCGAACAAAAAAUUGCUACGGUAACUUCAGUGAGCAAAUUUAAGCACUUUUGUGAUAUCGACUUUAAAGCUGCCUACAUUUUAAUCAAGAAAUUUUAAUCAAGUCUAUUCACCUAAUUACGCUGAUUUUAAAACAAAUGAUUGUGUAAUUCACAAUUCAUGUACUUAAAUUACACUGUACUCUAUAUUAUAUUUUCAAAUACUUGUACAAGAUUAACAACUCAAAAACUUUUUGAUUUUUGUUUCUACCACGCAUGCAUUUUAAUCCUUCAAUUUUAUAUCACAAAGAUUUGUAUUAAUUAGUGCCUAAAAAUAGCGUGAUUUUAUAAAUAUCAAUAUUUCAGCUCCAUAUUAUCUCACAAAAUUGUACAAACUAUAUAAUGAUAAAACAUUGCUGUAUAGUAAGUUUAUAUACAUUUGUAGUAACUUAUAUAGAGCAGAACACUCAAGAUAGGGGCUAUAAUGGUUUUAAUUGGUGUGCGAAUUGAAAAAAAAAUUGAAAUAUUGAUUUAUUUAAUGGUAAGUUUGCACUUGCAGGCUUGGAUUUAACAAAAAAAAUAUAUAUAAUCACAAAUAUUAAGAGAGGCAGUAUUUUUCAGAAAGUAUUAUAUAAAUACCACGCGUGCCUUUUUGGAUUGUUUUGAGGAACAUUUGGACGGGUAGUACUAGCAGGUAGGAGACCCACUGUGGGGGUUGGUGUCUAUAUUAGCCCCAUCAAUGUGUCUCAAAUAUACUGGAUUUUCUCCAAAUUUUCCUGAAAAGUUGUGUUUCCUGAAUUCGAAAUAAAGACUGUUUUUUUCACUUUAUAUUCGCUAUUGAAGCUACUACGUGUAAAAAAAAAAGUCCUACUUUUGAUCGUAAAUAACUCUGUUGUUUAUCAAUGGAAUUAAACCAAAAUUUCAGAUCAUGUAAACAAGCAUUACAAAUUUCAUGGAGCGAGUUUCAUCAGCUUUGUGCAAGAGGGUCAGAUUUAAACGCCGUGGAAGGAAAAAGUCACUUUUUGUCGAUACAGCGAUGAGAUAGUGGCGGAAGGCGCGUGCUGUGGCCAAAAGCUUCGAGAGGAAUGCAGGAUCACCCCUGAUGUCAUUGCACACCUCCACAAUCAUGUGUUGCACCAAACGAUCGGGGAAUGACAUAUAAGGGACGAUCCCGCAUUCCUUCAGAAGCUUUCGGCCGCAGUAAACAGUUAAGUAGCUUCCGAAGCACACAUCGCUGUCCAGGAAGUCCAGUAUAAAAGACAUAUUAAUGGGGCUUUAUCUACAUAUGAAGUCGCCAUGAUAUUUUUUUUUUCGUAUUUUUUAAGCAAAUGUCAGGGUUUUUAAGGUCAGACUUUUUUGCAAAACAUACUUUGGAGGCUGAUUCUUAUUGUAAAUUAUACUCAUGAACAGUAAGUGUUAAGCACACAAAAUGCACAAUUUCAAGUGACGGGACUGACUUUUUGACUCGCAGAUUUCGGGAUAGAGGCUGAAUAUGUCCGAAUUUCUUUCCAGGUACCUGAUCAUCGCAUGUAUGUGCUGCGAUCCAGCUGCACUAUGUGUUUAUAAUGUCAAACGUUUUUAUCACUUUUUCUUAAACAGCGCAGGAUUUUGCUAGCUCUUUUCUAGUGUACUUUACAAACAGGGUUAAAAGCAAAGCUGCAUGUUUUUCAUUAUUUUGUUCAUAUGCUGGCAUAUGUCCUUUGCUUUGAUCACUUGGGUAGAGAAAUAUUUUAGUCAAUUAACUUCAUUUCUUGUGGUAUGUUGUUUUCCUAGUUAAACUAGU